CGAGUUUCCCUGAUUCACCGCACCCACCACGAUCGGAAGCCAUUUCCCAGACCGCCUGCCUGACCGAAACCGAACCCACCCUUCCCCCACCCAGCCGGCCAGCCAGCCCACGGAGGUCCCCAGCCCACCACCCGCUGCUGUCCAGAUGGCGACGGACGCCCCGCCGGCGCCGCGCUACUCGCUGCCGCCGGGCCGCCUCCCCGCGGAGGAUAUCCUCUUCUGCGUCGACGUCGACCUGGAGGCGCGCGCGGAGAUGAAGUCCGCGGCGGCGGCGUCCUCGGGCUCCACCUCCACCGCGUCGCCGCAGCCGACGCAGCCCGCGGGGGCCGUCGGGGGUGCCCCCGCGGCGGUGCCCCGGACCGCGGUCAGGCGGAUGGACGCGAUCAAGCAGGCCCUGCUGCUCUUCGUCCACAGCAAGCUCACCAUGUGCCCCGACCACCGCUUCGCCUUCGGAUCCCUCGGCGAGACGUUCUCUAUGGUGAAGAAGGGCUUCAGCAGUGACGCUGGUUCAGCAAUGGAGGCGAUCCAUUCCUUGUCUGCUUCAGAAUCAAGAUAUCCAAUGGCUGAUCUCACCCAGCUCUUCAUGACAGCUAACCAGGAAGGGAAAAGAGCAGAAUCGCAAGGCCGGAUUCUCAGGGUGGUACUCAUCUACUGCCGUUCCUCUACUAAGCCACAGCAUCAGUGGCCUGUGAGGCCAAAGAAUUUCACCCUUGACAUAAUCUAUCUCCAUGACAAGCCAAGUGCUGACAACUGCCCACAGAUGGUAUAUGAUGCCUUGGUUGAUGCUCUUGACCAUGUCAGCCAGUAUGAGGGGUACAUUCUUGAGACUGGUCAAGGGCUUGCUCGUGUUCUCUUUCGUCAGAUGUGCAUUCUUCUAUCCCAUCCUUUGCAACGUUGCAUCCAAGAUGACCUUGAUAUUCCCAAACAAGUCGCUAAGAAAACUCUGGGAACCGAAGCUGCACAGAAUGAAGAUGGCACGCCAGUCUCCAGCCAGCAGUAGGGUCUUCUAGCUGAAUGGUAUGCAAAUAUGAAAUUACUUGUAAGCGCUUGGCAUUACCGUUCUACUAGAUCAGAAUGCCUGUUGUGUGUGAUGGAGAUUCCAUCUCAGAAUUUGUGUACUAUGCUGUAAUUGUCCAAGGAGACAUCCUUUUGUUACUGUCCCUUGUUUGACUGGGUAUUCAGCACGUAGUUUCCACAUGAUUCAAAGAGCUCAAAUCUUUGGCACUUAAAUUUCAUCUGUCUGCAAACUUUUAGUCGCCGUGCAGGUCAUAUCAUGCUCAACUCGUGUUGUGCUAGGGGAACCUUUUUCUGCCAUGAAACAUUUAAGCCAAAGUUAUCUUAUACUGUAUCAUGGGGUCCCUGUGAUUUUCCUAGUUGUUUACAUUCAGAUUCAGGUCAGGUUGCCAAAUUAAAGUACCCUCAUCCCUGACCUUUUAGAUUCAUGUUACAGAUACCCUUGCUUAUAUAUAUACACAAAAUAAAAGGAUCAUUACAACUCUACUUUCAGAACUGAACUGUACAGGGCAUUAUAGAAAGCGCGAAAAAA